UACAGAGAAGUCCACUGCUGCAUGUUUCUCCUCCCAUUCUGCCCUCCGCUGCUGAGAGGAAGAGGGAGCUGCCCGGCGGCCUCUGGCAGUAACCCUCUGCUGCAGCAGUAUGCCAGGAUCAGCUACAGCUAUCCGACAAGAGAGACCGAAGAAGACCAAUACAAGGCCAAUUUCCCUUGGUUUAUUCACCAUUAAUGAGGAAGAUGAGCAGCAAAAGAAUGGAAAUUCCAGAAGACCUAAAGCGCCUGACCUCUAUAAAGUACAAGAGAAGAAAACUGCCUCCCCCCGCCUCCCCUCUGCAGUUUCAGGACAAAAUAGCAACCACUCAGGAAAUAAACCAGACCCUCCACCUGUGCUACGGGUUGACGACCGGCAGCGGCUGGCCCGGGAGCGCCGUGAGGAACGGGACAAACAGCUAGCCGCAAGAGAAAUAGUAUGGUUAGAAAGAGAAGAGCGAGCCAGGCAGCACUAUGAAAAGCACCUGGAAGAGCGGAAGAAGAGGCUGGAGGAGCAGAGGCAGAAGGAGGAGCGGAGACGGGCUGCCGUGGAGGAGAAGCGGAGGCAGAGACUCGAGGAGGACAAAGAACGCCAUGAAGCCGUUGUACGACGCACAAUGGAAAGGAGCCAGAAGCCCAAACAGAAGCCCAAUCGGUGGUCAUGGGGGGGCUCUCUGCAUGGGAGCCCCAGCAUCCACAGCGCAGAUCCAGACAGGCGGUCAGUUUCCACCAUGAAUCUUUCGAAACAUGUUGAUCCCGUCAUUAGCAAGCGGCUCUCCUCUUCAUCUGCAACUUUACUAAAUUCUCCAGAUAGAGCUCGCCGCCUGCAGCUCAGCCCAUGGGAGAGCAACGUUGUUAACAGACUCCUGACGCCCACACAUUCGUUCCUGGCCAGAAGUAAAAGCACAGCCGCCUUGUUUGGAGAAGCAGUUAUCCCCAUUUGUCCUCGUUCAGCAUCUUGCAGCCCCAUCAUCAUGCCCUACAAAGCCGCACACUCUAGAAAUCCGAUGGAUCGACCAAAACUCUUUGUAACACCACCUGAGGGCUCUUCUCGCAGGAGGACCGUUCAUGGCACAGCGGGCUAUAAAAAAGAAAGAGAGAGAGAAAACAUACCCUUCCAUCUUCCAUCUGGCAUCCGAAGGGCUCUGUCUCCAUCUAGUACCAAAGCAAGAUCACCAGCUUCCUCCCGACUUUGGCUCCCGUCCAAGUCCCUUCCUCACUUGCCUGGCACGCCCAGACCAGCAUCCUCCUUGCCCCCCAGCUCAGUCAAAGCUGCUCCCGCCCAGGUCCGGCCCCCAUCCCCUGGCAACAUCCGCCCAGUCAAGAAAGAAGUCCGAGUGGAACCUGAGAAAAAGGACCCCGAGAAGGAACCUCAGAAAGUUGCCAAUGAGCCCUCACUAAAGGGUAGAACGCCUUUAGUGAAGGUAGAAGAAGCCGCAGGUGAAGAGGGGACACCUGUCCAACCGGAAGUUGAUCCUGCUGCUCCAGCCUCAGCCCCGGCCACAGCCUCCGUCCCAGCCCCAUCAUCCGCUGUGACUGCCAGUGCUUCUCCUAAGACCUCUGCAGGCACCACCGACCCAGAAGAGGCCACAAGGCUGCUCACCGAGAAGAGGCGGCUGGCCCGAGAACAGAGGGAGAAGGAGGAAAGGGAGAGGAAGGAGCAGGAAGAGCUCGAAAGACAAAAGAGAGAAGAACUGGCUCACAGGGUGGCUGAGGAGAGAACCCGCCGCGAGGAAGAAGCCCGACAGUUGGAAGCGGAGCAGGCCCGGGAGAAGGAGGAGCAGCAGCGGCGACAGGCGGAGGAGCGGGAGCAGCGCGAGCGGGAGGAGCUGGAGCGCGUCCAGAGACAGAAAGAAGAAGAAGCUCGCGUUCGUGAAGAAGCAGAGAGGGUCCGGCAGGAACGAGAGAAGCAUUUCCAGAGAGAAGAGCAGGAGCGCCUGGAGAGAAAGAAGCGACUUGAGGAGAUUAUGAAAAGAACCAGAAGAACAGAAGCUACAGAUAAGAAAACCAUUGAUCAGAGAAAUGGUGAGGUAGCCAAGGAAGCGCUCACUGGGGGAACAGAAGUAUCUGCACUUCCAAGUAUGACAAACUCUCCGGGAAAUGGAGACUCAGUGGCCAGCCCACAUGCGGUUACCUCACACCAGUCAAAAGUGACUGUGGAAAGCACUCGCGAUUUGGAGAAACAACCAAACGAAAAUGGAGUGUCUGUUCAGAAUGAAAAUUUUGAAGAAAUUAUAAACUUACCCAUUGGAUCGAAACCAUCUAGGUUAGAUGUCGCCAACAGUGAAAACCCAGAAAUUCCUUUAAAUCCGAUUUUGGCCUUUGAAGAUGAAGGGACACUUGGGCCCCUGCCUCAGGUAGAUGGUGUUCAGACACAACAGACCGCAGAAGUUAUAUGAGUAGUUCUUCUGAAAAACCAAAGCUGAAAUUUAAUAAGAAUUUCUACAAUUAAUGGAAUUCCUUUCAUGCUAUGAAGGAGCAUCCCCCUUCCUCCAGUUUUCUAAAGAUUUCUUGGCCAUAAUUUUGAAGACUUUAUUAAAACCAGCUCAAGACAACUGACAAUUGUCAUCAACAGAAAGAAAAAAAUGCUCCUUACUCUUCAUUACUUUCAAAUGGCGUUUUCCAGUGUGCUCCUUCUUGGCAAAUCAAUAUUUUUCUGCAUUCUUUGAAAAACGAGAACCUUUGGCUGUAAGAAAAGUGGGCUGACUAGGCAUGAUUUUUUUCACUUAGAUAUCAUGGUCUUAAAAGCUUAACAAGUAAAUUGGCAAAACAAAAAAAGUUUAUCUUUUAUGAUAUAAUACUUGAAAAAGAAGUACCUCUUUCCUCUACAGGUAGAAUGAAUAGGGGAAGUAUUUAAAUUAAGCCUGUUUGUUUAAAUAUUAUUGCAAAGAGCUCUAUUUGUAGAGGCAAAUUAUAGGCAGAUUACCAGGUUCUUAGAAACACAUCUUGUACAUGGACAUUCUGCAAACCCAGCUGUCACACCUUGCAACUCCUUUUGCGAAAACACACUAAAAAAUUUUAACAUGUGAAAAAAUAUUUUUUCAGAAGAAGAAAAUAAUUUAGUCCACUUAAGCAAUGUAUUUAUAAAGUUUUUUCCAGAUAAACUAAUCAAAUAAAUCAGGCCGAUGUGACAACAUUGCAGAUUUGGUUCGCCGGAUGCAUUCCUUCAUGUGUUACCAUGAAAGAAUGUGGUCGAUGAUUCAGGGCUAUUUCUGAAGUCUGGAUGUUGCUGCUGUCCCCAGCGAUAGUGGGACUUAUCUUUGCCUUACCUGAUCAUGAAUUAUGUGGGGGGGGGGAUAAAGAUUUACUAUUUCUUUAAAUGAAAAAAAAGAAUUUGGUUUUGCUCGUUUAAGAGCAAUGAAAAAAUGAUGGAAUGUUGGCUGUGUUUGGCACACAGGACUCGGACCUUUGUGAAAGUCCUCGUCCUGCGUGGCAUCCUUCAGCUUUUCACUUUUCAUUCUUCUUCUUCACCUUUGCUGCUGAGCCUAGCUGUACAGACUUGCACUUUCAUUUGCUAAUAUAAGUUUCAUUUUAUGUUACCAUUUUAGAGACUACUAAUGAUUAAAUGUAGGCGAGGGAACACGUGUUUGUAUGUGGAAUGUUAAAAAAGAUAAAUUUAUACCACUCUAAUGUGCCGGUUUUAAGAGAGAUUGGUUAAUCUGCCAGAAUGAAUGAGAGACUAUUCAUCUGUUGAACUUUUUUUUUUUUUAAAUCCAGGCAUAUGUCUUUAGUAACAGCUUGUAAUUUGUUAAAACAUUAAUUUGGGGUUUUUCCCUAUCUCAGUUGUCCAUGUACACAUAGUCAUUAAAAGACAAAAUCUGUUGAGCAAAGUUGUUUUAUUUGUUUAAAUCGCCCUAGCAUGAGACGCCAAAUAAAAUGUUUGACAUCA